CGGAGACGUAGUCUUAUUUCGUACGCGGAUAAUACACUACGUUCAUUCUUUACAGUAGAAUUUAAUUUAAAAUUACGGAGGUCAUAUAUUUUUUAAAUUACAAAGAACACAUACAGACUCACCAUUUUCUCAGUGCUUAUUACAACCAUGAUAGUGAAACGUCAAUUUUUUAACGUUUUGAUAGUCUUCCUUUCGUUACAUAUCGGAUCUGCUACAGUAUUUUCCGCCAAAAUUGAUCAGAAUAGUCCACAUAGAGCUUUGAAUGGAACAAGAGCUGAUGUCGUCUCUGGUGACAUCUUCAACUACACCACUUCAUUUCCAAGUCUCUCAAGAGAACCCGAAUAUUCAGCCAGAAACGAACGCAGAACUAUAGCUAGAAUACAGACGCGACCUAGUGAAUCUCAUCAAUCCAAUCGUCCAGCUUUAUCAAAGGAUGCAGCACCUGUUGCUACUGUUAUCGGAUCAGCGACUACUACGGAGCAUGUGUCAAAUUCUGCUAGGAAAGUGUAUUCCAGCAAUCCGACAUAUAGCAAAGGAAAUACAAUUACUGAUGAGGAUUUAGAAAAACUUUCCGAAGUACUUUAUAUCAAAGAGACAUAUAAUGCAAACCAAUACAUAACAAUUAAUCUGCAGAGUCAGACUACCAGCAGUAACCCGACGGAUCAAGCUCCACAGCCGUUACUCACAGUAAAUCCUGAAGCUUUUCAAAUUCCUACGAUACAAAGAGUUCUUUCAAUAUUCGAUAAUUAUCAAUUAGACACACGUACAAACGAGUAUAUUAACCCAGCUCAAAGACAGGAAGAAAGUCUUCUUAUUGAUACUUUUCUAAGUACAAAUGUGAUGUCUACUGCAAUGCGCUUUCUCGCUGAUAAAGGAUUUGUGAGACAGGAUUAUUAUGAAUAUAAAGAUCUGUUAAGGAGACUUUGGUUCCAUCUAUUUUCGCGUGGGCAGGGUAAGAUCGGCAGCACUGGAUUUGAGCAUGUUUUUAUGGCAGAAACAAAACAAGUAGAUUCGGGUACAGAAGUACUUGGCCUGCACAAUUGGAUUUACUUCAACAAGGAAGAGGAAAAAAUGCAUAUUGACUAUCUAGGUUACAUUAAGAAAAUAGAUUUAGGAAAUAAGGGAUCUAUCAUCAAAAUGCAUACAAAAUUUAAUGGUUAUGAUAAACCAGUUGUAACUGUAUUUACCGGAACCUCACCCGAAUUAGAGAUGGCACUUUAUUCUGUCUGUUUUUUUGCAAGACCAAAUGAAAAUUGCCCUGUAUCUCUAGGAGGCACAAAAUUCAACAUAAUUACACGCAAAUUUAAAUAUAGAGGAAAAGAUUUAAUUGGAACUGCGUACCCGAACAUUUAAAUUAUGUGUAAAUGAUUCAGGUGAUCCUAGGAUUUCUUCGAACUUGGAAUCCCUGUUUACGCGUCGGUGCGGUCUUGCCGAAGGCCGCGGCCACGGCCUCAGGCGCGCGGGCCUGGUAGCGAGAUUGCGCGCAUGGUACAGCUAUACGGUACGGCACAGUGAUUCGGCGGUUGCGACGCGCAGCAGUUAAUACUGCGUUGUUAAUGCGGCGGUGGCAACGACUCGCGCCAAGAUCUCUUGGUGGAGGCGCGGAACUCUACAUCCCAAAUUGCGAAUUGGUGCCGACGGAUAGGACUCGAAUAGUGGAUUCUCCGGUUUCACCGAGAUCUCUCGGUGGAACUCAAGGCGCUUGAGCCCGCGGAAACGAAGAAGGUCGGGAAGCUUGUCGCCGAGAUCUUUCGGCAGAAGCCAAGUGUUCUUGACUUUGGAUCGGAGCGGAAAGGUUUGCGUCUUCUUUUUGGACAGGCAGUUCGGAGAGAGAAAGCCUUGUUUGUAGAAGCGGCGGUGCUUAUAUAAUCGAAUCUCGAGAGGAGUGGCGGCGCGAAGAACGGUCGGUUCGGUAUUGGAGGGAGAGUCCCCGCCGCUCGAGAUCGCCACUUUGCUCGCUUCUCCGGCGCGUGCGUGUGAAAAUUCUUCCGACGCGUGGAUGAGUGUUCGCGCGCCACACCAAUUGUUGAAGUAUUUAUUGGCGCCGUACGCCGGUUGUUUGGCUGUCCGGCGGGUGUUCCGGCGGACAGCGCGGAGCGGUGGACGGUCCGAAGAGGGAGCGGAACGGCGGUUUUCUCAAAGAUUUUGUUUAUCGAGAAAAAUCAACUACCAAAACCAACAUGACUCAAGGAAUUUGAAUAGGUUGCAAUAAUAUUAUAUACGACACUCUUUUGCAUAUUGUUACGUAUUUUUAACGCCAAAUCCAGUUUUGCCGACAGGAUAACAGUUCUAUUUUUGAGCACCUCAUUGCUUAAAAACGUCAACUAUAAUAUUAGCCGUUUUAAGGACUAUAUGAUGAACACAAUCCGACAGUGCAAUCUCCUUGUGAUGUACAUUGGGCAACGCUAAAACCGGUGAUAUGAUAAAAAAAUAUAGCUAUCAUUAGAUAGCUUUUCUAAAAAUAUCAAACACCUGUUUAUAAGUUCAGGAUACUUCAAGGCUCGAAGAAAGGUUGCCGGGUAGAUUAACUCUGAAAUCGGGCUAUGUUAUUUAAACGAGACGGAUAAUGAAAUAAACAAAAAGAAUAUAACAAAGAAUAUUAUAACGCAAAAUAGUUCUGCAUGCAAAGAAUAAUAACAUACAAUUAAUAUGUGAAGACGCGGUAUAUACAAGGGGUGAUCCAAAGGUAAGAUUACAAAACCUGCAGUGAAGAAGGAACGUUUUAUUCAGAAAAUCCUGUAACGUUGCGCCCUCCACCGUGCCGCCACUUCAAUCCGGUCUAAACAUCCGACUACCGUGCGUAAGUCGAGCACGUGCGUGCGCCCGGCUAACCUUGCCGCAAUCACGCGCGCUACGCGCCGCGUUCGGCAAGCGUUUCCACUCCGGCCGGUUUUGGCCGCGCGCGCUAGUUGGUGCGUCCAACCGCGCGGACCGAUAUAUAAGCCGGCAGUGGAAAACCGAAGUCAGAUCACUCCGAGCUACCAAUCUCGCACCUAUUCCUCUUCAGCGCCGGGUAUACUCGACACUUCCUAACUUGGGCAUUCUUGAGCAUCUUUUCGAGAACAGGUAUUCUCGUUCUAACUGUAACAAACCACCUUCCGACGUUCCCCCCAGACCGCCUAACCGUCUGAGCCGUCCGGCCGAACAACCGUCGGACAGCAAUUAUCGGUGCAUAGCGCCUAAUAUAAUCAGAGACCGAAAAAGCGAGCGAGCGCUUUCGCGUACUUCGCAUCUCCGUGCGCACGCGCUCUUGUUCCGUCGCCGUUUGCACCCACGUUUGACGCGCGUGGUCCAAAGCGAAAGACACGAGAUUGAGUGGCGGAGAUGCUGCCUCCAGACCGUUCCGCCGCAACACGUCGCACAUCCCUUCACUUCGAUUUUCGGGUAUAUAAAGCGGCCGGACGAAAGCUACUUUGUCCGUUUCUGGCCGGUCCGCCGUACAGAAGCUCUCCAGGUCGAGGAAAAGAUCAAGCGCCUCGGUCUCCAUCAAGACACUUGACCUCCUCCGCUCCCGAUACCAUUCCGACUCCGCUUUCUUACUCGCCGCAACGGGCUCAAGUAAACUUGGGGUCUGUCAAGUUACUUGACGCAGGGCAAUCCCAAACGCGUCCCGAGUCCGGCGCUACCACGCGUAAGGGGGUACGGUGCUCCGUACCUCCACCAAGCGCACUUGGUGCGGGGUAGUGCCGCGCGGCGAAUUGCGCCCCGCCGUACCGCACCACGCGCCGCGUCACGCAACACGCUUUUUACGGCCACAAUAACAAGGCCGCCCGAGUUCCGAGAAAAGAACUCGACACCGUUCCGAGAAACGCGUCUCGUGAAACAAGUGCCUUUGUACAUAUACCUGUAAAUAGAUAGCCGUAUUUCAUCCGCGAGUAUAUUGUCACGUCCGUCCGCGCGCUUUUGUUUACUAUUAUAAGUUCCGGGUUAUUUACCGUCCAAUUUCAUCUCCGUAUUAUUGUAAUCACAUUACCAAUUCUAUUUCGCACUACCAGACUUAUGUUCACGAGACUUAUGUCUAUUUCAUCACGUUUAUUCAAUAUCAAAUAAAUACUCUUAGUUUUACAAACACCCAAAACAAACUCUAGUUCCUUUAGGCGACCUUUCGCGCCCGUUCCCGCACCGCUCAUCGUCCGUGCGCGAAGUACGGUCAUUACACAACUACCUUACAACGGGCAUACUCGUCGUUCCUAGCGGCUUAAAAUCCUCGGCCAAUCCGAUCCGCCUUCCGCGACGGGAGUUCUCGUCGUUCUCGCGGCCGGAUAUUUUCGGCCAAUAGAAUUCGCGUCCGUCCAUUAUUUCCGUUCGCGGAGAUUCUCGGGAUCAACACCGUCGUUGGGGAUACUCGACGCUGUUCCCCUUUGUCCGGCUUGUUCGUAAACCGAACUUCACCAUUCAUACUCCGCAGAGUGAGAUUACUUGGAUCUCCACCGUCGACCACCUUCCCGUAUCGCAGAAUCGUCUUCCGCGUUUUACAUCGGUGAUUCCGCGGUUGCGACUGGCCGUCGCGCGAGCCUAUCGCAGCCCGUUUAACCCUUCUUUGGCGUCUCACGGCAACUCCGCUUAAAUAUAUUUGAGAGUAUAUUGAAUUAUACGAGUCCGUCCGUUUAGUCUUUAAGUUGUUAUCCGAAUCCGUUCAUUUCUUGUCGGGUUAUUAGUAAAUCAUUUAUGCGAAUCCACGCCGUUGCACGAGUCCGUUCAUUUCGGUUAGAUCGUUAAUUUACUUAUGCGAAUCGCGCAGUUAUUUUCAUCAUACAUACAAGUUUAUUUUGGUUUAAUCAUUAGUUAAUCGUUUAUUUCGCGCGGAUCCGGUCAUUUAUUUAGUCUAGUCGAACGCUUUGGUUGUUUAUUUUUUGUUUGUACAUGAGUUAUAUUUGGAAAAUAUAUUUACACUUUUAUAGUUCUACACCGA